AACCGUUCAAGAUGGCUGCAGAGAAGCUGAGGAGCAAAGUGGGCUCCGCCUUCAAGAUGCACGGUUUGCUGCUCCGCGCUGAAGCUAAUAAAUAUCUUACUGAAGCUCUUCAGUCUGUCAAUGAAUUAGAGCUUGAAGAUGUAAUAGAAAACAUCAUUGAUGCUGUUGAAAAACAGCCUUUGUCAUCUAAUAUGAUUGAACGGGCCACAGUGGAAGCCGCAGUCCAGGAAUGUAGCCAGUCAUUAGAUGAAACUAUAGAACACAUUUUCAAUAUUAUCGGGGCCUUUGAUGUUCCACGUUAUGUUUAUAAUUCAGAAAGGAAGAAGUUUCUACCUCUAUCAAUGACCAACCAUCCUGCACCAAAUUUAUUUGGAACUGCCAGGGAUAAAGCGGAGUUGUUUCGUGAACGCUACACCAUCUUGCAGCAGAGGACUCAUAGACAUGAGUUGUUUACUCCUUCAGCGAUUGGUGCUCAUCCUGAUGACAGCAGGAGUAAAUUCCAGCUUAAAACAGUAGAAACUCUGUUGGGCAAUACAGCUAAAGUUGGGGAAGUGAUUGUUCUUGGGAUGAUAACACAACUAAAAGAGGGAAAAUUUUUCUUGGAAGAUCCUACAGGAAUUGUUCAGCUAGACCUUAGUAAAGCACAGUUCCACAGUGGUUUAUAUACUGAGUCAUGCUUUGUUUUGGCAGAAGGCUGGUAUGAGGAUCAAAUAUUCCACGUGAAUGCUUUUGGAUUUCCACCCACUGAGCCUUCUGCUACCACUAGGGCAUAUUAUGGAAACAUAAACUUUUUUGGAGGGCCUUCUUCAACGUCAGUAAAAGCUUCUGCAAAACUGAAACAACUGGAGGAUGAAAAUGAAGAUGCCAUGUUUGUUUUUGUUUCUGAUGUUUGGCUGGACCAGGUGGAAGUGUUAGAAAAGCUUCACACUAUGUUUUCAGGUUACUCCUCUGUGCCUCCAACUUGUUUUUUCUUUUGUGGAAAUUUUUCAUCUGCACCAUAUGGAAAAAAUCAAAUUCAGUCCCUAAAAGAUUCCCUCAAGGCUCUUGCUGACAUAAUAUGUGAAUACCCCAGCAUUCAUAAAAGCAGUCGAUUUGUGUUUGUUCCUGGUCCUGAAGAUCCUGGUCCUGGUUCAAUUUUGCCAAGGCCACCACUGGCUGAAAACAUCACUAGUGAAUUCAGACAGCAUGUGCCAUUUUCAGUUUUCACUACAAAUCCUUGCAGGGUUCAAUACUGCACACAAGAAAUCAUCAUCUUUCGUGAAGAUUUAGUAAAUAAAAUGUGCAGAAAUUGCGUCCGCUUUCCUAGCACCAACUUGGAUAUUCCUAACCAUUUUGUAAAGACUAUAUUAUCACAAGGACAUCUGACUCCACUUCCACUUUAUGUCAGCCCUGUAGUUUGGGCAUAUGAUUACACCUUGAGAGUGUACCCUGUGCCAGAUCUGAUCGUCACUGCAGAUAAAUAUGAUCCUUUCACCGUUACUAAUACUGACUGCCUUUGCAUAAAUCCUGGUUCUUUUCCAAGAAGUGGAUUUUCAUUCAAGGUGUUCUAUCCCUCCAACAAAACAGUAGAAGACAGCAAACUUCAAGAUCUCUGAAUUUCUGAAAGACUGCAUGAAGUCAAACAUUCUGUUCCAACAUACUGAAGAACUAAUUUUAGAUUGUUUCAUAUGGUUAUGGAUUUAUUUUAUUGUGUGUGAGAUUAUUCAUAUUUAAAUGUCAGUGCAAAAGACUUAAAUUUUGUAAAUAAAUUUUACAGGAAAAAAAUGUCACUGUUAAUUUCUUAGAAGAAUGAAGGAUUCAUAAUAUACUGUAUGUAUGAAUUAACUUGCAAGAUCGAAAACUAGAAGUGGAGAUGCAAUUAAAAGAUAUACCCAGACUGUAUAUAUUUUAUAUUUAAACAUUAAGUACAUAUUCAAAAUUGUGUGCCUCUUUUGAUAAUUUUGUUUUUUAACCUUGUGCUAGUCUUUUUUAAGUCAGGAUCUACUUCUGACACACAUAUAUAGAUUUCUUUCUUGAACAGUUUUGUAUGAUUUAUUCUACACUUGAUUUGACAGUUUAAAAGUAAGUAUGUGCCCUAAAUAUUUGCUUAGUCCCCUUUGGAACCAGCAUAGAGUAGCCUGCACCUGAUCUUGGCUAUAUUGCCGUGUUUGAUGAAAUCCAGUGAAAUAUCAGUGAGGAGAAAAAAGUACUGGCAAUCAAAGGCUUCCUUUGGCAUACACAGAAAGAUUUGAGCUUGGCUGCUAAAGAGUGUGACAUAAAACAUUUCCUCAGUGAAGUAUUUUAUGCCGUAGUGUCUGUACAGAAUUAGAAAUAUCUUUGAAAUGUAAAUGUUAGAGGCAUUUGGACAGACACUGAAUCACAUGAUAGACAAAAUUAUUUGUGAGAGGCAGAAUCUUCUUUGAAGAGCAACUGCAAAAAUAUUUUAGACUAUAGUAAUUUUGACAGUUCUGCACUAACACCAUUCUUGCACCUGAUCCAAUAAAGACACCUUGGAAACAAGCCAGGAACAUUAAAGUAUCUAACUGCUUGACCUUGUUUUGGUAGAUACCAAGGACAUAGGGAAAGGUAGGAGACAGGUUCUGGAGACCAAAUUUAGUAGCAUUCUCUGAAAUGUUUCCAGUCCCACACACAGGGCCAGUUAGGCAGAACGGCAGAGGCUCAAUGCAGGGAUGAGACAACAGUGUUGGGAAGAGGGAUUUUGGUUUAUUAGAAACUGAGGAACCUUUUGGGAAAGGAGCCUGUACAGGAAGGACCUAAACCAAAGCGGAACCAGAUUGCUGGAAUGCAGAAUUAAAAAGGUCAUAGAGGACUUUUUAAACUAAGAACUACGGGAAAGCCAACAAUUGUGGAAGAGCACAGAUUUUGGACAGAGACAUCCCUUAGAGCUGUGGUUCUCAACCUUUCUAGACUACCAUACCCUUUUCAAGAGUGUGAUUUGUCUGUGUACCUCAAGUUUCACCUCACUUAAACUAUCAAACAUAAGAAUACAAGUGUCACAGCAUUACUGAAAAAUGGCUGACUUUCAUUUAAUUCCAUAUAAUUUAUAAAUCAAUUGGAAUAUAAAUAUUGUACUUACAUUUCAGUGUGAUACUUGAGCCUGUUUUUCCCUUAUGCGUCUUGGCCGAAGCCAAAGCCCCACUGCCGGGGGCUGAACCAUGUAACUUAGCUUUGUGGUGCCCCCUGUGGUGUGGCAGGCAACUGCCCUGCUUGCCAUCCCCCUAAUGCCAGCGUUGCAACUCCCCCACACCCAUCCUGUGACCCCCUGGGGGUGGCAACCCCCAUGUUAAGAAACACUGAUCUGGAUGAGUUGAGUACCCCCAGAGGUACACACAUGCCUGGUUGAGAACCACUGGCUUAGAGUAUCCCCUUUAAUAAAUCCUCCCUAUAUUCCAGUAAAGAGGAGAGGCAGAAACAGUCAAAUGAAAGAGUCCCAUUCAGUUACAUCACAUGAAUGCAGACAAAUAUUGACACAUUUUGUGCUGGUAUACAAAUGCUAGAAGUCUAAAUGCUGAGAUGGGUGAACCUAAGUGUCUAGUAUUAAAGGAGGAUAUUCAUACAACAGGCAUCACAGAAGCUCAGUGGAAUAUGCUUAUACAGGGUACAAAAUACAAAGGAAUGACAGAGUAGGUUGCAUUGGUCGGUAAGUUGCACUGUAUGUGAAAGAAGGCAUAGUCAUAUAGUAAAAAUCUUAGAUGAAUCAAACAGUACCAUAGAAUUUCUAUGGACAGACGUUCCCUGCUUGAAUAAUAAGAGUAUAGCAGUAGGAAUAUAUUACAGACCACAUGACCAGGAUUGUGACAGUG